AUGUGGCUUUACAGGGGCGCACAGUCGGCGGUCUUCUACUACGCCACUUGUACACCAUGUGCGGAGAGCAGCGAUCGUAGGAAGCGCAGGAAGGAAGCAGCACGAACACAGCGAGAGAAGGAGAAGGCAAAAGCGGACCAGGAACUCGUCACCGACCAACCUCGCCCAUUUGCCCAGCCAACCCCAUUCAGCACCAAUGAAGGGUGGCGUGAAGAGAUACUUCUGGGCCCUGGACCUCCGGCCCGUCGAGGAGGAAAGAGUUACAAUGUACGCACCAACAGCUGGACCACGGAGAAUACCGACCACGGCUCACAAUUGAAGGACAAAACUGGCCGCCUUAUGCACCCGCUUAAUGAGCGAUGGAAAUCUAUGCGAUACCAGCGCGAGGAUGAGCCGCUUUGGGGUCAGGAAGUACGCGGGUCGUCAAUUGGCUUCUCUGGUCGCGGGCGUGCCGAUCCCAACGAACCCUCGAAAUAUUACACCGCACGAGUGCCCCUGUCAACGAUCUGCAUCCGCCGAUCCGCGAAAGUCAUGGCAGGAAAGCAACAUUUCGACGAAUCUCCAUGCGAUAGUCUUGGCGGAUUCUUCGGUGAUCGCACGUCUCGUGCUGCUCGAGACGCUGAUCGUGAGGAAUACGAUACUACCAGACUCAGCAGGAUCAGCACAGGAUCUACUGAUGAGGCCUUCGAUCAAGAGGUCAUGCAAGAGAAACUGCCGAGACGGCCCUCUGCUACUCAAGUGCGUCGACGCUCCGAUAGCGUCGGCUCGGACGACUUCGACCACAUUCGUGAUUCUCGAUCCGACUCAUUGUUCUCCAUCGCCAACACUGAUGAUCAGUCCUACAGCACAUCUUGGAAGUAUCCCGAUACUCCUACAACGCGGCCGGUCUCGAAGUCCACAGAAAUGAGCGAGAAGGUGACAUCUCGCCCACAAAUUUCCAAGACCCUUUCCACCUUGCAACGGGAACCUAAGCCAAAGCUUCACCUGCUGCAAUUGGAGAUCAACGACGAGCCCCGCGACGAAGUCCGCUUGGGCGAGCUAGAACGCAUUCGCCCCUGGCGCUGGAGCAUGGACAUCUAA